UAGUUUCACCUAGUCGUUUAACUAUCAUGCCUUCCAUUUCUCUACGCAACCAGCUCAAGGUUUUCAAGUACGGCCUAUUUUAUUUCAAAUGCGAUAAGACUGUUAGUAUAGUUAAGAUCUCAAAUAUAUGUAAAGUAUUAAUUGGAACCAACACCAAACCUGGCAGCCUUGUAAAAGUAAAAUAUGGAACCCUCAAAGAACCUUUAGAGGCACAAAUAAUCGCAGUGGAAGGUGAGUUGCAUGUAAUUUUUGUCAUGAUUUCAGGCCAGCUAUGCAAUAUACUGACCACAAUAUUUUUUUUUGUAGAUGAUGUUCAAAAGCUACGUGAAGUAGAAAGUCAGUUUUUGAGCGAUAGUGAAAACCGCCAUUUGUUUGAAGAAGAAGAAAAAGGAGAAAACGAAGAAGAGAAAGGAGAAGGAGAAAAUGAAAAAGAAUACGAAGAAGAAGCGAAGAAACCUGUCAAAGAGCCGAGGAAAAGAAAGAAGGAAUCAACUGCCGGUGAUAACACGAAACCAAAAAAAGCAAAGAAAGAUGAGAAAACACCAACUGAUAGGAGGGCAGCAGCCAAGACCGCGAGGCCACAGCCUGCAAAAACAGCUAAAAAGCCUGCCACUGUAAUUUGUCGCUAUUCUCCUGGAAAGGACGCCAGUGUUGAAGAAAAGAAAACGGAAAUACCAUCUGGGGAUUUAAUGAAUGACACCUUCGUUGUCAGUCUGCCUGGAUCUCCACUAUCCUCCAGCACUUCACAUCACACUACAACACCAAAACGCUCCAUGCGAUCCCCCAGCCCUUUGUCAUCAUCAUUCCAUUAUAGUCCGCUUCCUUCUUUGCCUGGUAGUCCUUUUUUUCAUGACGAUUUUUCACCCCCAACUCCCCGACGUUACCGAGUACAGCGGCAACUUACACAGUUCGAUCCUGUUGAAGCGGCUAUAGGGGAGUUGGAAAAAAGACUCGUCAGCUAUGUCGACCGAAAAUUUGAUGAACUGUUUUCCUUUCUUCAUACACGAAUACACACACCAUUGCCAAACUUUCACGCCACAAAUCCCCAUACAUUGCCACAAACUGCCACGCAAUCAAACACACAUGUCCUUGCAGAACAACAAUUUCAAACACCAGAACAUCAUUUUCCACAACAAGGCAACACGCACAUUUUCACAGCCACAGAGGAUAGUGGAUGUCUCAGUUCUCCUGACAACAGUGAGCUGUCAAAUGAACGGCUAAUCAUUAUUAGAAACCAAGCAAGCUCAAAGAUGAACUUUGGAGUACGCCUUAUAAGAGAGCUUUUCCAGAGCAGCGAACUUUUGGGACGGAAUGUCGAGGGGGUGCGGGGUAAAAAAGCUCUCGACCCUAUAAGGAUUCAAAAAAUAAAGAGCCUUAUGAUGCAAUUUUACCCCGUACCCCCUAUGGAACAGGAAUCGGCUUGGAGAGAUUGCCGAAAGGCAAUCGACUCCUUCCUAAGGAAAAAUAAAACACCUAAAAAUAAAAAUAUGUAUUAAGAAAUGCCUACUACAGUUCAUGAAACAAAAAACCUUCGGCUGAGGGAUUAGUAAUGAUCAUAACUG